AUGACUGACAUGCAAAGAAGCCCGCGAAGAUCGCCUCCCCCCAGAGACAGACCUCACCGCGAACGGGAUGACCACCCUAACGUCGAGUAUUUCGGAGAAGGCGAGAGCUAUCGGCCUGGUGGUCAGACGGGCGAGGGACCUUACCGACCGUCCCCUCGAGACAGAAUAGGCGCAGACUCGUGGUCGGCAGACAGAAGAGACGGCCGGCGAGAUGAACGGAGAGACGAACGCAGAGAGGACAUCGACUCGUACAUUCCCACCACAAGCUCAAGAGUGUCCAGACCGCGAAGUCGUUCACCACCUCCCUUUCGAAGAAGAUCACGCUCACGGUCGCCGCCAAAUCGAGGCAGAGAGGACCUGUUCCCGAAUAGAAGAUCACCGCCACGUCGGUACUCUCCACGAAGAUCGCCGCCUCCUAGAAGAAGGUCAAGAUCACCAUACGGUGUGAGACCCCGAAGCCCUCCAGACACGAAGAGAUAUCGAGAUUACUCUCCUGAGCCAUCGAGGCGGUCUCCCAAGAGGGAGCGCAGGCUGUCGCCUGAGAGAAACCGCUUCGACCGUCGAUCACCGCCCCGACGAGGUUUCUCACCCGACCGAGACAUUGUAAGAGGGGGAGAAAGCUACAGACCGAGGUCUAGAUCACCUCCGCGGCGGAGACCUGGUGAUGAUAACUGGAGAAGACGGUCGCCGUCUCCUAGGGCGUCCGGACCAGCGUCGAACAACACUUCGAGAAGAUCGUCGCCGCCAGCACCUCAGCUAGACCGCGUGAGUGUGGCUGGUUCGGCAGCUAGAUCUCCUGCAUACCCUGCUGCUCGCAAUCAGAACGACCGACAAGAGCCUAGCAGUUAUCCCGAAAGAUCUGCCGACCCUCCUCGAACCAGAGAAGCGAGCACCACCAGAGACGAUGUCCGAUCGAAUGGCGAAGCACCUCAACCACCAUCGGGGCCUAGUAGUCACCGGAAUGGUGAGUAUAGUCGACCACCACCAACUGGGCCAUCACGCAGCUUCAGUCAGAGUCAACAUUCGCCGCCUACUGGACCUGCAGCAUCUCUACGAGGAGCCCCUCGUGCCGUUCCCACAGGACCCCGUGGUGCCGUUGGUAGAUUCGACACGCCUUCGCGGGAUUUCACCAGUCCCCCGGCCCGCGGACGAGGUAGUCUAACUUACCGUGGUGGUCCACCUCCGUUUGGUCCCAGAGGAGGCGGCUACGGCCGUGGAGACUUUGGAGGCAGCAGCAGCAAGGGCGACUACGGAGCCAGCAGUGGCGGCGGCGUUGUCAGUAGCAAUAGCGGUCGAGGAGACCUCGCUGGUGGUGGUGCAAGCAGUUAUCGCGGCGGCGGUUUCGGACGAGGUGAAGCAGUUCCGUUUCGUGGAAACAACAGCACCAGCGCGACUUAUCCUCGAACUCAACGUUUCAACACUGUACAGCAACACCUCUCUACGAACGAGAAGACUGUACCAGGAGGAAAACUGUUACCUUCUGGACUGCCUCCCGACCAAGAGAAACGGAUCAAGAUGCUCGAAGCCGAAGCGGAGAGAAUCAGGAGUGAGAUUGCCGAAAAGCAGAAAUCGAAACGAGACGUCUUGGAUGAAUGGGAAAUCAGGGAGCGAGAGAGUGAGAGAGAAUCACUGCGCAGCGAGCUUGCAGAUGCUCAUUUGCAGCAGCUGAUGGAAGGGGAGGAUGGCCUGGGUCGAGCGGCGUUUUAG